AUGUCCGCCUGUUCGUCGCCGCCGACGUUUGCAUCCGACUGCGAGCAGCCCAGUUGGGUGUAAGAUUGGUAGACGACUUUUCUGCACACUUUGGUGGUUUACUCACGCCUGAGAGGCUGCUUUGGCCCCUUCCAACCGUUGUGGCGUUAGCAGACGGCCGCCAAGGAGCAUAAACCUGUUCUCCGCCGCCUGCGAGAACUUCGGUCUGGUCAUCAACACACAGAAGACGGUGGUGGUGCACCAACCGCCACCCAACUCGGCCACAGCCCCCAACGCGCCGCCGCAAAUCAGCGUGAAUGGGACCCAACUGCAAGUGGUGGAGAACUUCCCAUACCUGGGCAGUACUCUCUCCCGCAACACCAAGAUCGACGACGAAGUCGCCAACAGGAUCUCGAAAGCCAGUCAAGCCUUCGGUCGCCUUCAAAGCACAGUUUGGAAUCGCCACGGUCUUCAGCUGAGCACGAAGCUGAAGAUGUACAAGGCCGUCAUCCUGCCGACACUACUGUAUGGAGCGGAGACUUGGACGGUGUACGCAAAGCAGGCGCGUCGUCUGAACCACUUCCACCUCAGUUGUCUUCGUCGCAUCCUGAGGCUAAAGUGGCAGGAUCGAAUCCCCGACACUGAUGUGCUGGAACGGACGGGAAUCCUCAGCAUCUACGCCAUACUGAGGCAAAUGCAGCUGCGCUGGAGCGGCCACCUGGUGCGCAUGGACGACAAGCGACUACCCAAACGACUCUUCUACGGAGACGUCGCGACGGGUUCUCGCCGUCAAGGAGGCCAGAUUCGCCGUUACAAGGAUACCCUGAAGUCCUCCCUGAAAUGCCUGCAAAUCAACCCCACCAACUGGGAGGAGCUCGCACUCGAUCGACCGACCUGGAGGCGGACAGUGAAGACAGGCGCUGCGAUCUACGAAGCCAACCGCAUCGCUGCCGCCAAAGCGAAACGUGAAGCCCGCAAAUCACAACUUCGCCCAGUAAGCAACGCCGCCGCACAACCGCUUCCAACGUGUCCUCGAUGUCAACGGACAUUCCGGGCUCGAAUCGGACUUGUUGGACAUCUUCGGGCUAACUGCGCCUCUCGAACAGCACCAACCAUCGUCCCCCCGCCUGCCUCUUCCUCCUCCUCUCCGCCGCCAACUAACCCUGACAAUUCUUCUGACCCACCACUUCCAUCAUCCUCCUCCUCAUCCUCCUCCUCCUCCUCGCCCACUGCUCCAACGGCGGCCGCUCAGGCGACUGUCCCACGCACAGCAACCGACACUACCACCACCUCCCCCGACUCCAGGGAUGAGGAUCAGGACUACACCUGCCCUCACUGCGACCGUACCAUCGGCCUGGUCGGUCACUUACGAAUCCAUCGCACAGAGACUGGCGAACCAGUGCGCGAAGCACCAACCUACACCCACCGCCCUCGCCUCCACUGCCCACACUGCCCUCGCACCUUCAGGCAUCGCAUGGGCCUUUUCGGCCACAUGCGCAUCCACGAGAGCGGCCUUGCCCGCACUCCCGACACACCCACCACAUCCAACACAUCCACCGUGCACGCCCCCACUCUCGUUCCAUCCGUCCGCGACACCACCACCACCGCCUCCUCUGUAGUUGACACUGACACCGUAGACUUCUCAUGCCCACACUGUCCACGCACAUUCACCUCACGCAUCGGCCUGGUCGAUCACUUGCGAAUCCAUCGCACAGAGACUGGCGAACCAGUGCCUGGAGCACCCACCAAGCUCGUCUCAACUGCCCACACUGUCCUCGCACUUUCAGGCAUCGCAUGA